AUGUAUAAGUUCAGCACUGUGACCAGAAAUGUUUCCUUGGCCCCCUUUGCACUUUUAAAGCCUCUCCAUGGCUCAGCUGUUCAAUUUCACACUUUUCUGGUUCUGCUCAAGGGUCAACCUCUUGAGCUUAAAUGCCAAGUAAAAUUUGGCUUUCAUAGCAAUGCCUCAUCUUUAAUACAGUGGUACAGACAAAAGAAACUGGUUUACGAAAACAGGUUUUUCCCAAAUGAACUAGGAGAUGAAACCUUUGUUGACACCUUCAGGCUGGAGGAAGUGACUAAAAAGGAUUUACGCACCGUCUUCGUCUGCCUGGCUAAAAACUCUGUUGGGGAAUCGGUGGGGCAAUUCAGACUGAAGAGGAGAAAGAAACCAGAUAACAAAGAAUUUGAUGCAUUUGUGUCCUAUGCAAAGCCAGACUUUCCUGAAUCAGAUCCAAUGUCUCUGAGUGAGGAACAGUUUGCCUUGGAGGUUCUUCCUCAGAUUUUAGAAAACAAAUAUGGAUAUAAGCUGUGUUUCAUUGAACGGGACAUCCUUCCAGGAGGAGCGUACACUGAUGACGUCGUGAAUGCCGUCAAAAGGAGCAGACGGACAGUGGUGAUCUUAAGCCCAAGCUAUGUCAAUGGACCUGCCAUGUUUGAGCUUGAAGCAGCAGUCAAAACUGCUUUGGAAUUCACAACAACAAAGCUCAUUCUGGUUGAGUUCAUGCCUUGCCAGGAGCCAGAGUCAUUGCCUUGCAAAGUGAAGAAAGCUCUCAGGAUCUUGCCCAGGAUUACCUGGAAAAUGUCUACCUCUCCUGCCGGUAAUAAGCAUUUCUGGAAAAGACUACACUAUCACAUGCCAGUGAAACGCAUUAAAAGAACUGAGGAUAAGAGCCUUCAUACUUUCCUCCCUCUAGUUACUGGGCUUGAUAGCAGGAGACCACCACAUUAA